GUACAGUAGGUGGCAGUGUAGGCAAUCCGCCAACCCAUUCCCAACGAAGAAGAGCGCCUCUCUCCCUCCAGUCAACAAGGAAAGGUGUCGUUUUCAAGACUGCAACAAACUGGUAGCUAUUUGAGGGAUCCAGGCAGAGAGAAAGUGGUGGAAGGAGACGGCUGGACUGACAAUGACCACUGAAGGGGAUCCCAGCCUCUCGGCCAAACUGCUGCAACUGGUGCUCCUGUCCACCUAUUGGGGCAUGCAGAUCUGGUUUACCUGCAUAUCUAGCAUUGUGAUGGACAGCCACCUGAACAGACACACAUUUGGUUUGAUCCAGAGCAGACUGGUUCCGUUCUACCUUCACCUGGGCUCUCUCUGUGCCUUCCUCAACCUGACGCUGUUCGCUGUCUACCACCCUGCAGACCUGCUAGAUGACAGAGAGGCCUUCCAGAUUGGGGUAUACUUCCUGUGUGUGUCAGUAGCAGCGGUCAACGCCCAGUGGUUCGGUCAGAUGACAUCAGAGAUAAUGGAAGACAUGCAUCUAAUGGAGCAAGCCCAAGGAUUGGGCCAGGACAUUGGUCUGUCUACCAAUAGGGAGGCUUACGCCAAACUGUGUGAGACAGACGGUAGAUACAGGCGUCUGUCUGGUCGGCUGUGGCUUUACAGACUAUUGUCUUCGCUGUGUAACAUCUGCUGCAUUACCUGCAAUGCAUACAGCCUGUACUACCAAGCAGAGAACCUUACUUCACUAUAGCACAGUUACUAAGUCUGCAGUAUCUAUUGGCUGGGGAAAUAAGGAUGGUAAGUCCACGGGUGGCUGGAAUGAAUGGUAGGGACACAUUAAAAUCAUGGUUUCAUACCAUUCACAUUACUAUGAGCCGCCCUACCCUCA